CCUCCGUGUCUUAUUAAUCUGGGGUUUGCCCCAGUUAUGCACACAUACAAAUUGUACCUUAGGUGAGCCCCAUGAUCUGGGGAACUGUAUAAAAACUCUCCGAACUGAGAGCUCUUCAUUCCACUUUGCUUGCUUUGUUCUCCCCGUGAAGAGGCUUACAUCCAUCCUCAAAAGAUGUCCUGCUACGAUCUGUGCUCCACCACCACCGGUGGCAUCAGUUGCCCCCAGCCCAUCGCUGACAGCUGCAAUGAGCCCUGUGUCCGGCAGUGCCCUGACUCCACGACUGUGAUCCAGCCACCUCCUGUUGCCAUCACCUUCCCUGGACCCAUCCUCAGCUCCUUCCCCCAGCAAGCUGUGGUGGGAUCCUCUGGAGCACCCGUUCUUGGGGGCUCUGGGGGCUCCUCCCUUGGCUAUGGGGGUCUGUAUGGCUAUGGAGGCUCCUCCCUGGGCUAUGGGGGUCUGUAUGGCCUUGGGAGCUAUGGGGGCUACGGGGGCUAUGGAGGUCUGUAUGGAGCCUCCUCCCUGGGUUAUGGUGGUCUGUAUGGGGGCUCCUGCCUGGGUUAUGGGGGUCUGUAUGGCUAUGGUAGAUCCUAUGGCUCCAGCUAUUGCAGCCCUUACUCCUACCGGUAUAGCAGAUACCGUCGUGGCAGCUGUGGGCCCUGCUAAACACAACAGGAAAAUCCACUGAAUGAAGUACCAGUGAAAAACAAAAUGCAGAUUUGCCAGCGAGCAGAUGAGUGACAGCUUUGUGAAAGCAUUCGCUAAUCCUGCUCAGGGCUCCGCCAUUUGUAUGCUCCACACCUCUACAUUUUUCCUUUGAAUUCUUCUCUGGUACCUUUGUGGGUUCAGUUGUUUAUUUCUAUUUUAUCAUGCUUGUUUCUGAGUGCAGUGAGAAAUGUAACAUAGUUCCUUUCCAAAUGCAUCUGUCUCCGACAUCCUGCGUAUACAUACUUGAUACCGUGAUACUUGUUUGUUCUUUCCAUUCUCAUUAAAAUUCCACUGCAUCAUUAAAAAAAAGAAAAAAAGUG